CAGUCUGCUCGUUGAUGUUCUCUGUUUUUCUCCAACAUUUCAAAUUAAUCUUUUAUUAUCCUCAUUUGUCCCGAGUCUGUGGAGCGGAGCAUUUUAGCAGACAUGUUGCAGCAGUUGGUGAUUAAAGAAGAAAUGCUCCCUGAACAGCAGGAGUUGAGUCUGAGUGUCGACCAGAAGGAUGUUAAACAGGAACGAGAGGAAGUCUGGACAAGUAACGAGGGACAGCAGCUUCACUGGCUGAACACUGAGAAGAUCAAGUUCCGUUUUGCUCGUGUCCCUGUGAAGACUGAAAAUGAUGAUGAAAUACCACAGUCAUCACAGGUUCUUCAAAACUCGGACAUGUUGCAGCAGUUGGUGAUUAAAGAAGAAAUGCUCCCUGAACAGCAGGAGUUGAGUCAGAGUGUCGACCAGAAGGAUGUUAAACAGGAACGAGAGGAAGUCUGGACAAGUAACGAGGGACAGCAGCUUCACUGGCUGGACACUGAGAAGACCAAGUUCCGUUUUGCUCGUGUCCCUGUGAAGACUGAAAAUGAUGAUGAAAUACCACAGUCAUCACAGGUUCUUCAAAACUCAGACAUGUUGCAGCAGUUGGUGAUUAAAGAAGAAAUGCUCCCUGAACAGCAGGAGUUGAAUCUGAGUGUCGACCAGAAGGACGUUAAACAGGAACAAGAGGAAGUCUGGACAAGUAACGAGGGACAGCAGCUUCACUGGCUGAACACUGAGAAGACCAAGUUCCGUUUUGCUCGUGUCCCUGUGAAGACUGAAAAUGAUGAUGAAAUACCACAGUCAUCACAGGUUCUUCAAAACUCAGACAUGCAGCAGUUGUUGCUGAUUAAAGAAGAAAUUCUCCCUGAACAGCAGGAGGGGAAUCUGAGUGUUGACCAGGAGGACAUUAAAGAGGAACAAGAGAAUCUCUGCAUCAGUCAGCAGGAGCAGCAGCUGGAGGAGGCCAUCACAAAGGGCAGAGUCUUGACAGUCUCUGAUUUUUUGCGAGAACGUGGUGUCCAGAGGAGGUUAUUAACUAUCUGGAGAAUGAAAAGAUUGACAUCCAUGUCAUCUGUCUUAUGGAGGACCACGAUCUGGCUAAUUAUAUUCCAUCAUAUGGGGAUCGUCUGGCAUUGAGAAACUUUUGCAAAGGUAAACAUCUCUUGAGAGGAGGAAGACUGGACUUUUUGAAAAACUGAGGUCAAAACUUCAACAGACAAAAGAAAUUGCUGCCAAUAAAAAAUAAAGGAACAGUACAGCACAAUGAACGCACUGGUCCUGCCAAAAAGCGAGGUAAAGCGAGCCAUCGCAUAAUUGAAAUAGGGUGGAUUCAUUUUGAGAAGGGGGAGUUUAAGCAAAUAAGAGCCAAACAAGGAGGUGGCACUCGAACCUUGGAUCUUGAAAUAGAAACUGGGAUGCACACUGUUCUAGAAAAGGGGAAGAAUCUUUUCUUUCCUGGUGGCAAAGUCCACAAAAGGCCAGGAAAGUGAUUUUAGAUUUGAGCUCUGGCAUUAUAAGCAAAAUAGAAUCACUGAGAAGGACAUUACCACUGGUGUUUUCUAUGACACUACAUGUGUGUCCAGGUUACCAUUUUAUAUUGCUACUUUUCGCAAAACACAGCCAAGUCCUACAGACACAUCUGAAUCAGAAGCAGGAAACAAUGAUACAGAACUCCUGGAGUCAAGUGACAAUGAAAGCGAUAAAGAUCAUUCUAAUCAACAGACAGAUGAUGAUUCAUCAGAAGAUGGUGACCUGUUAGUUCAUGAUCAUGUUGAAGGCAGCACACUUAGCCACCCAGCCUUACCUAAUGCAGACAUAGAUUUCUCCUCAGUCAUUGACCACAGCUAUGCCCAAG